CUUUUUUUAUCAACUUUGGCCACACUACCACUGUCCCGGCAUUUUGGCAACGCGUGAAUUUUUGUACUCCCGUCUGGAUUAAUGUAAAAAAGCGAUCCCCAACAGACGACCAUGGCCGACAGCUCGUUCCCGAUUAGCGGCCGCCCUAGCCUACUACGCACCGCUGCUCUGAACAACUCGCUGGGACCACACAAUCUCUCACACUCCUUCCUCCUUCAGGAGCAAACCCAGGCUUCUAUUAUGGAGGACACUGCCAUGAUUGAGGACACCAUGGACGACGAAGACCGGGGCAGGAGUCGAACAGAUGUGUUGUUCCCGCAGUUCUUUGACAUGCUUCAGACACACGGCGGCGGGCCUGAAAUUUUCGAGGUGCUCCAGGGAUUGGCCCAGAUCUGUCGUGGUGUUGUGGAAACACUGGAGCUGGAGAUAGACCGUGGCGUUGGCGGGGCCCAGGGCGCCCGGCAGCGGGAGGCAACGCUACGUUGGCUGCGCCAGGAGAUUAACACCUGGCUCCUGCUACACGCCCUAUUCCACGAUCGGGUUUUGGUGCAGAGCGACACUCGGGCCGACGACGAGAUGCAGGAUGGACCGACCCUGGGUGGAAGUGAGAAGGAGGUCAUCCAGCAGCUGUACGCCAUCAAUGCCACCCUGCGCGAGUACCAGCUCGUCGUCGAUUGGCUGGAGGCCUGUUACAAGCCAGAUGAACAAGUAAACCUGCUGCAUUGCCACGACCGGAUGAUGUCCUGGGAGAACACCCUCUUCCAGCUGGAGAACCUGCAGGGCGCUGCGUUUGGUCGGGGCCAUGAAAUCGUUUCUCGCUUGGACCCGGAUGCAUCCGUUCGACAGAAGCGUCCACUGCACGCCCUUGACGAAGAAGACAACCACCGACUCUCCCGCGCCAUAUUCUCGGCCAUCCGGUCGGGACAAGUAGACGAUGGCCUAAAGCUGUGCAAGCACUACGGACAGACGUGGCGAGCAGCCAUCCUGGAGGGCUGGCGAUUGCACGAGGACCCCAACUUUGAGCAGGGAAACCCAAAGAUGGACGAGAAGAUGCCGAUCGAGGGAAAUCCUCGCAGGGAUGUGUGGAAGCGGUGCGCUUGGUUGUUGGCCGACUCGAAGAACUACGACGAGUAUUCUCGAGCCACUGCUGGAGUUUUCUCAGGCCACUUGGCGUCACUCAAGUCCCUACUGCACAACGACUGGCACGACUUGCUGUGGGCCUACCUCAAGGUCCAGAUCGACAUCCGUGUGGAAUCGGAGAUCCGCGAGUGCUGCGUAAAGCGUUACCAGCCAAUGCCCGACGAAUACUGGAAUGGCAAGAUGACCAUGGAGCAGAUCUUCGACGAGCUCAACGUGGCCAAGGACGCCUCUGUGAGGGACUAUGCCCAGGGACAACUGGGCAUCAUACAGCGGCACCUAAUACUGGACACGUGCGGCGAACUGCUGCAGCACAUGGUGCGCUGGCUCGACAAGGAUGCGGGCCAGCUGUCGCCCCACCAGUUACGCUUCAUGGCCCACAUUGUGAUCUUUCUGCGCCAGAUUGGACGCUUGGAGCGCGACAGUCCGGCGGAAAAGGUUAUUGCAGCCUACGUUGAAGCAUUAAUUGAGAGGGGAGAUGCCCAGCUGAUUGCCUACUACACCGCUUCCCUUUCCAAAACCCUGCAAGUCCAGCUGUACUCGCGCUUCUUGGAGCAGGUCGAGCAGAAGCAGAAGCGCGAGAGGGCCCUGGAGGCUGCCAUGCAGGCAGGCCUAGAUGUGGCGCAGAUCACUCGACUGACGGUUGAGAACAUCCGGAACACUCCAGUUCAACUGGGCGAGUUGGGAGAGCCGCGAUCUGGCGAGGUCUCCGCUGGGGAUACCCGUAAGAUCCAUGCCCUGGAAUGGCUAACCCAUCUGCCCGAGCAACGCGGUGAGCUGCUGUGGCAAGCCAAUGCCAUGAUCCGAACUUAUUUGGGCUGCAGCAAGGUGGAGUGCGUGCGCCAGGCGUUCGAAGUGGUUCCCGGGGACGUGGUGCAGGUCCUUAUCAAUCAGUACGGAUCUAUGAACAACCUGCCCCCUCGAGAGGAGUGCAGCUUGAAGGAGUACCUCUGCUACAAAGUCUAUCUGGCAGGGAUAGAUAGCUUCUUGGAGUGGAAUAGCUUGUACCAUAACAAGCCUCAAAAGCCACAGCAGGAUUCCAUCGCUUCCGGCCAAGACAACUUUACAGAGCGCAUGGCCAACGAGCGCAAGGAGCAGGCCCAUCGAAAUAAGGUUACACGCUGGGAAACGCGUCUUAAAGAGCAAUCGAAGCAAACCAUGGAAUCCCUUUUCAACGUACUGAUGUUCCCGGAAAAAGGAUGGCUAGUGGACCCCUUUAUCCCGAAGGAGCCAGAAAACGCCGUUCAGCUCAAGUGGGAAUACCGAACGAUGCAGAUGGAAAAGUUGCGUUCUCUCUGCUUGCCGGAGAUUGCGCUGUUCCUACACGAUGUCAUGUAUAAGUCUGGAGACUUUGCCGGCUGCGUUCGACUGGCGGACGAGAUAUCCAGUGAGAGCCGUCAGCUGUACAAAGUCUACACCAAGCACAAACUCGCCGAGCUGAUGUCAAAGAUCGCGGACGCGUCGCUGGAGCUACUCAACUCAAAGUUGGAUCCCUGGGGCUAUCCUAUCACAGCCUAGGAAAUUUAAUGCGUUUUGUUUUGCAAUUACAUUCUAAUUUAAACUUUUA